AUGUCCUCCACCAACCAAUCCUCCACCACCAGCCAAGAUGCCUCGGGACGACAGCCCUCCGCCGCCUCCUCCACCACCGCCCAACUCGCCGGUGCACAGAUAAGCCUGCGCAAGACGCUGCGCGAGUUCCCCGACUUCCCCAUCCCGGGAAUUGGCUUUGUCGAUAUCAUGCCCCUCUUCGCCAACCCCGAGGCCCAUGCCACGCUGCUGUCCGCCCUCGAGCUGCAAAUCGCCGAGUCGUUUGGCGCCAACAAGCCCGAUGUCAUUGUUGGCCUUGAUGCCCGCGGCUUCCUCUUUGGCCCCGGCGUGGCCCUGCGCCUCGGCGUUCCUUUUGCCGCUGUGAGAAAGCAGGGCAAGCUGCCAGGCCCCUGCGUCACGGCCGAGUACAUCAAGGAGUACGGCAAGGAUCUGUUCCAGAUGCAGGCAGAUGCCAUCACCGAGGGCCAGAAGGUGCUGGUUGUUGACGAUAUCAUUGCCACGGGUGGCUCGGCGGCGGCGGCGGCAGAUCUUGUUCACCAGCUCAAGGGCCAGGUUGUUGGCUACCUUUUCAUUCUAGAGAUUCCCGGCCUCAACGGUCGCGAUAAGCUCAGCGCUCCUACUACUAUUCUCCUUGAGAACCCUUAA